CCGGGUUCGAGUCCCCGCUUCGGCCGCCAUGGCGGACGCGGAGCCGGAGGCUGAGGACGGCAGCGAGGGCGGUGGCGGCGGCCGGGCUCCCCCGGGCCAAAUCGGCAGCGCCGCGCGCGUGACCCCGCUGGGCCCCGAGCAGCUGCGGCGGGUCCUGGAGCAGGUGACGAAGGCGCAGCCGCCCGCCGAGCCGCCGCCGCCCUUCGUGCUGCAGGACGCGGCGCGGCGGCUGCGGGACGCGGCCCAGCAGGCCGCCCUGCAACGGGGCCCCGGCGCCGAGCUCCCGCGCCCGCCGCGCCUGCUGCCGCCCCAGCAAUUGGAAGCCAUUUGUGUCAAGGUAAUAUCUGGAGACACAAAAGGUCAGGAAAGGCCUAUGCCCCCACUGGCCACUAUCCAGCCUAAGGCAGCCAGGCUGAGCCAGCCGCCCAGGAGGCACUCCAGCAUGUUGGGGCUCAGCGUCGCCAGCCCUCAGCUGCUCAGGGCACAGCCCCUCCUGAGCACCGGGCCACAGCCGUGUUUCCUGAGUCACUCACCUCAGCCUCCUCUUCAGGUGUUUGUACAGAGACCACUGCCCACCCUCCGACCAGUCCCUGCGAAGAGAGUCACAGCCCCCGAGGCUCCGAGUAGACAGGGCACCACGUUGGCGCCUUUGUCAGCCUCUGACCUACCGGCAAUAGCGUCUGUUUCCACCAGUUCAGCAGACUUAUUUAUUUCCAACUUGCAUACAAAACACACUGAGAAACUAAAAAAAUCUUUAAAAGUGAAAACACGUUCUGGACGGAUAUCUCGACCUCCCAAGUAUAAAGCUAAAGAUUAUAAAUUCAUAAAAACAGAGGAUUUGGCUGACGGUCACCCAUCAGAUUCUGACGAUUAUUCAGAACUGAGCGUGGAAGAGGAUGAAGACCAGAGGGAAAAGCAGGUGCUCUUUGACUUGUCGAGCUGCUCUCUGAGGCCCAAAACUUUUAAGUGUCAGUCUUGUGAAAAGUCAUACAUUGGAAAGGGAGGACUAGCCCGGCAUUUUAAACUCAAUCCUGGCCACCGCCAGCUGGAACCUGAGAUGUUGCUGUCUGAGAAAGCCAAUGGGAGCAUGAUCCGCGGCCGCGAGGAGAGCAGGGCUGUUGGCCUGCCAUCCCCGGAGCUGUCCACGCCAGCUCUUCUAAGUGAGGAAGGGGCCUGGUCAGCACGGGGUGGCCUGCAGAAUGGUCAGUCUGUAGAAGUUGAAGAAGCGUUGGUGUCUGAACUAGAAAAUGGAAGUUAUUCAGCCCUUUCGGGAUCAGAGAGACAUCCAGGACCUAGAAAAAGUGGCUGCUGCAUCACCCCUGCGGAGUCCAGCGCAGCUGUCGCCAAGCAGAGCAGAGCAGCUCACCUGCACGCAGGCACUGGUGCAGCAGGUGCGCCCAGCACAGCAAGCAGCAGAGCCAGGCUUAAGGAGUUUCUCCACCAGUGUGACCGGGAGGAUCUAGUGGAGUUGGCGUUGCCUCAGCUGGCUCAGGUUGUGACCGUGUAUGAAUUUCUUCUGAUGAAGGUUGACACAGGUCAUCUAGCAAAGCCUUUUUUCCCAGCCGUCUAUAAGGAAUUUGAAGAGUUGCAUAAAAUGGUUAAGAAAAUGUGUCAAGAUUACCUCCGUAGUUCUGGUCCAUGUUCUCAGGAGCCCCUGGAAAUAAACAAUGAUAAGGUUGCUGAGUCAUUAGGAAUCACAGAAGAAUUCCUGAAGAAAAAAGAAAAACGCACAGAUUGCAUUCCAGCCAAGUGCAUCAGCCGAGAGAGAGAAGGGGAGGAGCUAGAGGAAGCUAGCCAACAGAAGAGGGAAAAUGAGAGCGCAGAAGAGGGGCCAGCCUCAGUGAAAAGGACCAGAAGAGAAUCUCUGCCCCAGGACACCAGUGAGUACUUUGCCGACAGCAGAGGCCAGCAGAAGCCAGUCUUGUGUGCUCCAGCUGCCAGUGAGGGUUUUGCCCCUCAAGUAAAUGGGAAUGCCUUGCACCGUUCUGAAGACAGCCAUGUGAUGCCGGUUUCUAACAACCAUGGAAGCAUAGCCCAUGCAGGCCAGCAGCUGAAAGCAUUUGCUGACUUAGAAGCCAGGAGUGGGUCUGCAGACCCUGCUCUCUUGUGUCGGGAUGUCAGUGCGCCGGGUCUUUAUACUCAGUUAGGAGAGCGCAGGAUGCUGACCCAGGAACAGGUGGCAGCAUUCCCCGAAGAGAAUGUUCAGGAACACUCUUUAGACCAGGACGCUGGGGACAGCCUGAGGAGUCAGGGUUGCUGCAGCACCUUAAUAUCCGCUGGAGGAGGGGAACCCCUGCUGCCCACCAGAUCUGGAAAAGCAGAGGUGGGAAACCUCUGUGAGAUGCAUGACUCCCACCUGAAGAGCCAACGGUCCAGCCCUGGUGAGGUCCUGCUUACAGAAGUUGCAGCCCCUCCACUGGAGAAAGUUUUGUCCAUGGACAUUGUGCCAGUAGACUGUGCCUACAGCACUGUAUCCGAGCUGGGGACUCAGGCCAGCCAGGACGGAUCGCUGUCUACUGUAGGGGGUCUCAGAAGCCAUGUGGGGGCCUUGGAUCAGUUCCCCUGCGGGACGAAGGUGCACGCUGACUGGAGAGAACUGGAGAGCGUUGUUGCCGUCGGUGAAGCCGUGGCUUUUGAAAUUACCAACGGGUGCCAUGAGUUGUUGCCUCAGGAACAGGAGCAGAUAUUUAUUCAGACUCCUGAUGGACUUAUUUUGUCUCAUUCAGGUUCCAUAGUGUCUGGGGUGGAGAACAUUGUCAUAGUGACUGAUGCAGAGGGGCCUGCACUGCAGACAGGCCCACUGGAAGGGGUUCCUUUAGAAACCGUGGAGGCAGAGCCAUCACAGUGAAGUGGAGUCAAAACCACAGUCCUAGAGUUGUAUGUAUUUUAUCCAGAGAAGGUCUAUUUCAAGUAAUGUAUAUUUUUCUAAUGUGAAUACUGAC